UCAGCCGUCUGAGGGGCCUGCCUCUGGGAAAGCAACACCCCCCUGUCCCCCGGUUUCCUCCAACUGAACCAGAACACGUCAACUUCCCCUGCAGCGGCGCUCUCCCCUGCGUUUAAGUUGAGUUGUUGGUGAAAGUUGCGGUGAAGUUUGUCUACAGGGACAACAUGCGCUCCUUAGCGGGACUAGCUGUCAUUGUGGCGGCGGCGAGCGUCUCCCUCUACCUGCUGUCCAAACACCUUCCCCCGGGACGGAGCCAGCUCCAGCUGCAGGAGGGCGAGGCCGAGCAGGAGAACAGGUUGAAGUUCCCUUCAGACUUAGAGUCUCUGCGGGAACUCGCCAACACGCUAAAGUUUUACAAGACGGAAAACUAUGGCUACGUUCUGCUGCUGUUCUGUAGCGCAUACCUUUAUAAACAGUCCUUCGCCAUACCUGGCUCGUCCUUCCUGAACAUGUUGGGUGGGGCGAUAUUUGGACCUUGGGUGGGUCUGAUAUUGGCCUGCUUGCUCUCCACUUUUGGCUCCACAUUCUGCUUCCUGCUGUCCUCGACGUUUGGGAAGCAGUAUGUGGUUUACUUCUUCCCUGACAAGGUGGCUCUGCUGCAGAUGAAGGUGGAAGAGAACCGUAGCAGCUUAUUCUUCUUCCUGCUUUUCCUUCGUUUCUUCCCCAUGACUCCUAACUGGUUCCUUAACAUCACCUGUCCUGUCCUCAACAUCCCUAUAUCCAUUUUCUUCUUCUCUGUAUUAAUAGGUUUGAUCCCGUAUAACUUCAUCUGUGUCCGUACGGGCUCCAUUCUGUCCCAGAUCUCCUCUCUGGACGACAUUUUCUCCCUGGGGACCCUGGCUCAGCUCCUGGCUAUCGCCCUCAUGGCCCUACUGCCCGGAGCACUGAUCAAACACUACGGCAGAGCUCACCUCAAGGUGGACGGCGUCGACAGUAAUGGCACCAGUCAGGUGGAAAUCAGCCAGGAUAGGAAGAGAAGAUGACUGAAAGAUGAGAAAGGGACUAAAUACUAAAAGAACUCAGGUGGGGAAAGAAACCACUAGAUGAAAGCAUGCGACCUUUAAUCCACGCCAGAAGUGAGAUUUCUCUAAGGUCACUGUGGAGACUCAAGACAUUCAGGCCGAUAAUUGUUAUGACCUUAUGCUCUUAUCCGGUUACGUUUAGUCCUUUUCAAAGGUUCAUAAAUUAAGUGAAAUAUUAAAAUGGAAAAGUUAUUAUAAAGUUUCCUGAAGUGGGAUUUAAAAUCCCUUUGGGUUUGCUUUAGGAAAAUCCCAUUAGAGGUCACUGAAGCUAAGACUUCAUCCUAAACGCAAAGAAUAAAAAUCAAAUUUUCCAGAAAUUGAUGAUUAUCUCUUAAAGAGAAAAGAUCAACCGUCCGCCUGGAGACGAUCAA